AAGUAUUCCUGGCAACAUUGCAGUAUGUUUUUUGCCAAAUUCGCCAGACCCGUCCAAGAGGGUUCUACAGAGAGGUCUCAACUAUUUCACGCAAGGAUAUGUACACGGAAUUAAGAUUUUGGACGGAGCAGGAUGCAAUGUCAGAGUUACAGCGAAACGUUGCCGAUCGAUGCAAAAAGGUUUGACGCCUCACAAACUUCAUAUUGAAAUCCAACAGGAUAAAAUAGUGGAAUCUUACUGCACAUGUGAAGCAGGAUGAGUACGUUUUACUUGGAAAGAUCACGAGUAAUGUCAUUGUAGUCUUUAUAAGUGACUGGGUGUAUUCAUUUGACUUGGCUCGUAAUGGAACCCAGUACUCUAUCUUAAAAAUCCGAUGCGAUACAAAUAGGCAACGAGGCAUUUCUCUUGCAUGACAUCCCGCAUUUAGUAUCACUAACCCGACUCUUUGGCAUGAAACAUUACACAUUUCAUUCAGCAGGUCAGUGAUACACUAACAAAGUGAAAGUUGCUCUCCUGCAAUGGAUAAAGCACUGACAAUCAUGAAAUCAAACUUGGAGAAGAUACUUCUCCCUUACCUUCGAACAUACAGCCUUGUGUUGAGUUGUACGUGUGCUCUUCCGCGAGCCUUAAGGCAUUGUAGACACUUGGUCAACUGUUUUUUAGGCUUUGGGAAAUGAAUCAACUCGACCCAUUGUAACCUAGCAGGAUAUCUUUCAUCAGAAUCCCACGUUCCCCAAGCGCAUCUGAGGACCAUUUUGUUCGGAACGUCAACUAUUCCAAGCGCUCGCGGCCGAUAACCAGCAUAGCUUGUGGAACAUGAUUGACAAGAGAGGCAGGUCAAGCCAGGGGUUAAGACAAUGCAGCUAUCUGAUUGGCUAUUAUUGUACGAGUGAUUGACAGGUCUGAAAGGUCCAUUCCUACCUGAAAUGAAACGAUCGCGACACAGGUGUGUGUAUUUCAUUGGGCACCAGCCAUCACGUUUAAUUGCGGAAAUCCAUCGGCAUUUUCUGGUCUUUUCAGCUGGUAUUUCAUAGAAUGAUCUAUUUGAAGAACUGUCUCCUCUAUUGUGACGACCAACAGCACAACAGGUCUCGGGCAUUGUGAAAAAUCUGCUCCGGUUCAGUGACACCCGCAGUGCCAAGCAGCUUUGUUUGACCCGCAAUAUGGUGUCAUAAACAGUGACGUCACGCACACGAUCUCUAUCGCAUGAAAGAUGCAGAACUUUUUAUUUUUAAUUUGUUUACCAGCAAAGUCCAAAUUUCAAUGUAGAAGUUUUCUUGAAUGUGUUUCCCUUGUGAUGUUCACCGUAUAAGUUCCACAUGGUCUUUUUGCAUUGACUCAUAGUAAAGGUUUACUGUCUGUGUAGGCAAAGUCUACCUGGUUUUUGAGUACGAACAAUCUGUGCGGGCCUUGCUCCAUACCUGCUAUCAGGACCCGUUUCACCCAGACUUUAGUCGGGAGUACUACUUCAAAUUGUGCAGUGGCCGAAUGCAUGGCAAAGAUGUACAGGUUAUUCCCUGGGUCAUUUCGGACAACAGCUAUGUGUGCUGCUCUGCUCAUCAUUUGGAGGCCAGCAAGACUGUUUUUGUGGGCGCACUGCACAGGAUGCUCAACGCCAAAGCGCUGGCCAGGAUUAUGAAUGACCUGUUUGGAGGAGUCGUACAUGUGGCCAUUUACACAGACAAACACAAAUAUCCCAUCGGCUCUGGACGCGUGACUUUUAGCAAUCAGCAAAGUUACCUGAAAGCGGUGUGCGCAGCCUUUGUGGAGAUCAAAAGCCCCACGUUUACAAAGAAGGUCCAGAUUGACCCUUACCUCGAAGACUCCAUGUGUCAAGUUUGCCUUUGCCAAGAUGGUCCUUUCUUCUGCAGAGACCAGGCGUGCUUAAAAUACUACUGUCGCUCGUGCUGGCACGGGGACCAUUCCAUGGAUGUCCUGGGCAACCACCAGCCCCUCAUGCGCAAGAAAUAGAACAGGGACUCCGGCUCGGAGGCCUCCAGCAAACGUCCUCUCGGGGAUCAGCUGCAGAGCAGAGGAGAGCACGUCUCAGACGGCCGUCGGCGUGAGGGGCAGGGUACUCCACCGGGCACUGGGGUUAGAUCACUAGGAAAUGUUCGCUUUUUGCACUUGCUCUGUUUUUGCUGUUCACAGUUGGCACGUUUACAUGUUGCAUGGUGACGAGCAGUCAUGCAAGUGUCAUUGCCAUUCAUUGGCAAAUGCCAUACAGUGCCUUUAAAUUUGUAGUUUUUCCCUCCCUGCCCUUCCCCCAGUUGAUGUUUUUCCAGUGCAAGCUAACUGGUGUUUCUUACUUCGGGAGUUGAAUGUUGGGCUUCAUUUAACCAAUUGCAUUUUAGACUUUUACAGUUUUUUUUAACUAAUUUGUACACACAGCGGUUUCAAGUCAUGACAUGAAAAAUUUGAACAGAAUUCUACCUGGAGGCAGUUUUGGAGAAAACCUUUUUAUUUCCUGAUCUCUUUUCCUGAUCCUUGUCCCCUUUUUUUCUGACCACUUUUAAUUUGUCCUGCCAGAUUUCACACUUUGUAAACCUUGUUUGCCCCCCUGUUGCGAUUGGACAUAGUUGCAUAAUUUCUGUGCCGAGGACUGUUGUUCCUUGUUCUCCAGUUCUUUUGCCCAGCUGCUUUUUACAGUUUGCAAAGUCUACCUCAUUGUGAUCUACAAAGUUUGCUCCCUACGGUUGUGGAGUUCUUUCAGAAUGGGCACAAUAAAGUUGUUUAAGC